GUCAUACAGAUAUUCUGUUUAAUAUGUCCUGAAACACAAACUUCAGCGAAGACCUACUUUAGUAAAGAUGCAUGGCAGCUUGUUUUAAAUACUCUCAAAGUAUUAGAAGAUAUGUAUAUUAGUAACACUCAGAAGUAUUAUGAUAAGAUUUCUCCAUGCCAGACAAGAAAAGGCAAAGCUUUAAUAGGUCCAGUUGAAGGAAGAAUAUUUAAAAAGUUUUCAAAAAGGACAUCAGACCAGAUUAAAUCAAGUAAAAAAGAUAAGAAAUCCUUUGAUAGUGAUGACAGAUCUCCAUUUAAAGCAAGAAAAGGUAGUAGAGAUAAGAAAUCCUUUGAUAGUGAUGACAGAUCUCCAUUAAAAGCUAGGAAAUCCUUAAAUAGCAAAGACAGUUCUCCAUAUAAAGCAAGAAAUGGAAAAAGAAGUGUGGAUAAUUCUUCAUUAAAAGCUAGGAAAUCCUUUACAAAUGAAGAUAGUUUUCCAUUAAAAGCUAGGAAAUCCCUUACAAGUGAAGAUAGUUCUCCAUUAAAAGCUAGGAAAUCCCUUACAAGUGAAGAUAGUUCUCCAUUAAAAGCUAGGAAAUCCCUUACAAGUGAAGAUAGUUCUCCAUUAAAAGCAAUAAAAGAUUUAAAUAAUCCAAUAGAUGUUUGCCCAAAUUUAGAAAGGACCAGUGAAACUACUGGAGAAUAUGAAAGGAUUGGUAAAAAUACUAAAAAGGAUGCAAUUACAGGACUUAUUAAUCAUUCAUCGACAAAAGAUAAAAAAUCCGAAAUAGGCAGAAAAAGAUCAGGAAAUAAGAAAAUAUAUACAGCAGAAUCCAAGAAGUGUACAGUAAGACUGACUGAUAUUGGUACUAUUAAAAACUUGAAAACAUAUGUAAACAAGACAGAGAAAAAAAGAAAAAGAAGAAGAUAUGUGUAAAGAACUUGUAAAAAAAAUUGUUAAAUGUUAAAGGGGCACUAGCUGUCAAAUUCAUGUUCACCGAUUUUACUUAAUUUCUAGUAGUUGAUUUAUAAUAAUGAAUAAUGUUAACAUUUAUCCAACCUAUUAAAAGUCUACAAUAAAUAUUAAGAGGACACGGUAUAAAAUUACAUAGCUUCAUUUCGUGUGUUCUCAGUCUAGACCGCCAUCUAAUUAAUUAUUGAGUUGACCUCUAAAGUCAUUCAAUGAUCAUAUAAGCGAUGUAAACAUAAAUAUAGAUAUAAAUAGAUCAAGCAAAUUCAUGCUCUUGGAUUAUUCUAGGUCUAGUUAAUUUUAUAUUAUACUGUGGAUUUGUUUAUUUUCGUGGGUACCAAUUUUUCGUGGAUUGAGGAAAACUUACAUGUUCGUGGAUAUUUAAUUUCGUGGUUUUGGAGAAAUCUGCAUACAAGCCAAUAGAAAAUUUGGUAUUCGUUGAACAUUUAAUUUCGUGGUUCGUCUGUUCCCACGAAAUCCACGAAAAUUGAUAUCCAACGAAUAAUAAUGAAUCCACAGUAGAUGAAAAAUUAAUGUUUAUCAUCGGUUUUUUUUCUGUGGAUCAAAUCAGUCAAUCAAUUGAUUUACCUUUGUUUCACUUUCAAUGUUGAUAUUCUUUUCCUUUAAAUAAUUUUACACAUUCAAUUCAUGUGUUAUCCAUUUCAAGCUAAGGAGUUAAAUUGAAGAUCACAUUAAUACAAAUUCAAUGAGGUUGAAUUAUUCACUUGCAAGUGAAUAAUUCAUUAUCAAUGAUUUUAGCUUAUUUUGACAGAACUAAAUCAUACUGGCUGCUAAAUGCUAAAAGUGAAUUAUUAUUUCACAAUUUGUAUUUCAUUAGUGAUCGAGCCAAAAAAAAAUAUAUAAUUGUUUUUUUUAUAUAUCUUGUAGCUAGUGCCCCUUUAAGAUUUAAAUAAGUUCGUCUGAUAUGAAAAAACAAAUUCAGGAUACUUUGUGUCAUAUUUCAAAUAAGUUGAAUGUAUAUCUACUUAUGAUAAAACUAUGGUAUUGCAAAAUGUUGUAAAUUUUUUUUUGUCUUAUUGAUGAAAAUCGAUAAUAGGAAAAGUAAAAAAAGCCUGUGAAGUAAGAAUAUAAGUAAAUAUAUUAAUAUAUAACAAAAUCCCUUCAAGAAAAUAUUGUGACCUUUAGUUUAGUCAUGCAGUUCUAUGACAGCAGAACUUUUUUAUGUUAUGCAACUUUACCAUAAGUUUGACCAAAUACAAAGCAAAUGCAAAGCAAACAAUAAAAAUCAGGAAAGAGAACACAUGGAUGUAUAUUAGUUCUGUUUGACUUGAAUUUACAUUAUUAUUUAUCUAAAGUUUUUUCAAUUUUUCAAUAGAUAGACUAAGUGUAAAUGUUUGUUAUGUCUGCAAAUUUUCAAUAUUAUUUUUUCAUGGAGUAAAUGAGUCUGCAUUGCAAACAAAAGAGUGUAUUACACAGUUCUUUCCAUUAAGUUCAUAUUUAUUCAUUUAUGCACAAAAAAAAUCAUAAUUAUGAGUACUGUUUUUUCACUGUGUAUUGUAUACACCCCUAUAACAUGUAUAUAGUAUAAGAAGCUUGAGAAAAAAGUUUCCAUGUGUAUAACAGGGACAUAUCCGAAAAGUUACAACUUCAUAAGUUCAAAUUCAGUAAAGUUUUGCUUGAGUCUGAUUUUUUUAGCAAGAACUUAAUAUAUAUAAAGAAAAUUCAAGUCAAAGAUGACCUUGAUUUUUGCAAUGAUAUAUAUAUAUAAUACUUUUACUUAAUCAUUCUCUUGGAUAGCAAACUUGUCAAAUUUUCAAAUUGAAUAAAAAAACAAACAAAUACUUGUGUUUAAUGAUCUUCAUACUGUUAGCGUUCAGCCAGGAUGAAGAGAUUAUGCCCAAAAUUGUCUCUUUAUUGGAUUGAAUCAAAGAGUUUUUAUCUUUAAUAUGAGAAAAGUAGGAAAGUUAUAGAUACACUGAAAGAGAUUGAACCUUAUAGUUAUUUUUAGUUACAGUGAGGAUAAUGAUAUAAUAAAGACUAUCUUGUGACUUUAAUAUUUUAUUGUUGUUGUUUGUUUAUAUAAAAAAUGUAUUAAGUUUCUGUGAAUAGGUAUAGUUUCUUUAUUUAUUCCAUGUUCUGUUACAUUAUCAGUUUUUUUGUGGACCUUCAGAAUUGGUGGAUAAUCUUUUGCAACAUAAAUGUCAAAAUAUUCACGCAUCA